AUGACGUGUACAGCAAACAUGAGUACAGUUUUUCCAAAUCUUUACAUUGCGUUGAAAAUAACUGUAACAUUGCCAGUUAGUACCGCAAGUACAGAAAGGUCAUUUUCACGUUUGAAAUUACUUAAAACCAGACUCAGAACAAGUAUAUCUCAAAACCCAUUGGAAAACCUAUUAAUAAUAUCUUGUGAAAAUGAUAUUGAAGACAAAGAUGAAGUGGUUAAAACAUUUGCAACUAAGAGUAAAGUUCUUACUAAACUACAUACAAUGUAG